UUUAUUAACAAUUUAGCUGCUUACAUGCAGAAGUUUAGUGCGCACUCAAAUUUGAGAUGAUUUUGGUGGUUUCGAAGAAAAAUGGUCGAGCACGAAGAUCAAAUUGGUUUUCUUAUUGUAGUUGUAGUUUUGGUGACGCUAAUACUUGGGAUUAGGAAAUAUCUGCAGUUCAAAAAAAAGCUGUUGAAAAUGAAUAUCCAAGAACGUCAUGCAGUGUUGAUUGUGGCAGGAGUGUGCAUAGUGGCAUGUUUUCGCCAGAAAAGUGUUCAAAAUACCGGAGGAACAGAUCAACAAACACGCCACCGACGAUAUAUAAACAGAGGUGGACGGAUUGUCUUAACGAACCAACAAGAGGACAUAUUCAACAUAAGCAGUCGAGUACAAGGACAAGGACAAUGGCCGACACAUGAUGCUCAUGUUUCGUUAGACCACUUCGCGAUAACCAAUGAAAUUAACAAAUACAACGACGAUCCUCCUACGUACGAAGAAGCAAUGAAUAUUGCUGCAUCGAACAACAACAAUACUGUCGUACCUGCAGUUGUACCAAAGACUACUAUUACUCCUUCUAGUACCACAACCACUACUACCACCACUAGUACUAGUACCAGUGCUGCGAACUGAAGUAUUCAACAUUCGUUUCGACUCAUGUAUAUAUUGUAUUAUAUUUCAAGCGAAAAUUUGUGAUAAGUUUGUGUGAGAAUGAAUCUAGUAUGAUCGUCACGUGACUUCCGUAUGAUAUGUAUGCUUGAAUUAAUUUUAAUUGUAUGAUAAAAUCUCAGUCGGAUUUUUUUAAAUAUACCUAGGACUAAAAUUGA